UGACGCCUCUAGGUAAUACAUACGCCCAACUCAUACCGCUUCUUUACGAAUAGUUAUAAUAUUUACCUAGGUACUAUCCAUCCUUUUAUUGUAGCGAUCCAACACCUUGGGCUCGGAGUAAUGAGUUAUGGGGUAAUGCUGGUUCAUAUCCACUGUGACCCGCAAACAUUCAAUAACAAAGGGCCCCUACCUACGAAUGACCCUAAGCAUUCUAAGAAGACGACCGAAUCACAAAUCCAACUCGGAUUCCAACGUAUGUAUUAGCGACUUGGUGAUUUCGUGCCGUGUUACCACAUGAUUUAGAUGAGGCCAAUGUAACGCUGCCUUGUUAAGUUACGUCGUCUACCCCAACUUUUCCAAGAAAGCGGAGUACAGUAGCUUUUGGCAGGCUAGCAUAAGCCAUAGCUGGGGAUCGCAGGGAUCGCCGGGGCUGCUGGGGCUACUAGGGCUGCUGAGUUCGGAUGCAGGUGAGAUUAAUAAAAUUCCCCAGCUCUAGGUACUCCCCCUGUAAUAAGUCAACGUGAUGAAGUGUAUUCCUCCAUUGUCCAACCAAAUCAAGUUUCUCUCGACGGGGGUUUAUCCUUUGAUGACUGAAUUUAUAUAAGUCACGAAUCCUUCCCCAGGAUUCCCGUCGCUCUGCUUUGCCUUCCUCUGCCUUCCUCUCUCACCGACAAUUGCGGCGAGUACAAAAGCAUCAGCACCAAAACUGCAUGUUAACUAGCAAAGCUUGUCUCAACCUCAAGUCAACAUGCGUCUGAACACUAGCCUCGCUUCUUUGGGAGCAUUUUUGCUGCCAUUGGCCUCGGCACAAUCGCCUGGCGGUACUGGGAGCAGUAAUGUGUCAAGCAGUUUGGGUCCUGAUGAGAAUGGCUUUUAUUGGAUUUACAGCGAGGGUCUCUCAGCCGCGUUUAUCCCUUACGGCGCUUCUGUCGCAAAGCUCUUGAUCCACGACAAGUACGGUAUCGAGAGAGAUGUUGUAGCCGGCUUCGACAACGCUACAGCUUAUACGCUUGACAAGGCUCAUCCCCAUCUCGGCGGUGUACCAGGCCGAUACGCAAACCGGAUCAAGAAUAGCACAUUUGAGAUUGACGGCGAAACAUUUCACAUCGAGCCCAAUGAAAAUCCUACACCGGAAGCUCCUAAAGGUGUUGAUACUCUGCACGGCGGACCCGAUGGCUGGGAUUUCCGCAACUUCACUGUCGUCUCUCAUUCGAAUGACAGUAUAACAUUCUCCAUUGUCGAUCCCGACGGCGAGCAAGGGUUCCCUGGAGAGGUCAUCUCCUACGUCACCUAUACUCUCCACGAUUUCACAUGGGAUUUUAAGCUAGUGGCUAUCGCAACUACUAAGAAGACGCCUAUCAUGCUUAGCAGUCAUACGUACUGGAACUUGGACGGCUUUGCCAACAACGAGACUAACACCGCCUUGAACCACACGUUCUACCUGCCCUACAGCGGCCAGCGAGUUGGUGUUGACGACAUCUUGAUCCCGACAGGUGACAUCAUCGCCAACAAGAAGGGAUCCGUGAACGAUUUCUGGAGCGCACCGAAGCAACUUGGAACCGACCUUCAGAAGCCUGAAGCGGAGGGCAACUGCGGUUUCAACUGCACUGGUUAUGACACCUGCUGGAUCAUCAACCGGAGUCAAGAGGGCCCCUACGAUUGGCGCGCCGAGGGCAGCUUCGUCGCCCGUCUUCAGUCGGAAUGGUCCGGCAUCCAACUCGACGUGUACACGGACCAGGAGGCAUUCCAGAUGUACUCGUGCAACGGCCAGAACGGCACGAUGCCUCUCAAGACGUCGCAAGGCCUCUUCGACAACGAGGACUUCCCCCGCACCAUUCCCCAGUACGGCUGCCUCGUCAUGGAGGUCGAGGACUGGAUCGACGCCAUCAACCACCCCGAAUGGCAGCGCGAGUCCAAGCAGAUCUUCGGCCCCGGAGGCGACCCCUACGUCCUCCAGGCUAGCUACAUCUUCAGCAUCAACACCACCACCACCACCACCACAUCGUCUUAGGCGGACGUCUGUGAAGGCGAUAGAUAGAGAAGACGAGUAGGUAUAAUAAUGAUAAUAAUUAAAAGCGGCCGCGGCACUAUGACUUCGGCGGUCACCUCGAGUGGCGCGGUAGAUAGAUGCUAUGCGUAUUGGGUAUUUACAUCAUUUAGCGCUACGUCGUCGAUACUACCGGCGUUGGCGCCGUAUCUACCUUAGGUACUUAUAUAAUAUACUUAAUUGGCC